AUGGAAGUAUUUCCAGCAGUUCGCUCGGAUUUUGAAAUGGACAUGGAAUAUGAGCUGGAUCAGCUGAUCACUGAUUAUGCAAAUGAACAUCUUAGUGGAAAUGUGAAAAAAGAGAAAGUCCAAGCUGUUUCUGCGAAAGAGGUUGGCUUUGCUGAAUUUGAAUCAGCCAUCAACAGUAUUUCUGCUACUCAGUAUUUUGUUAGUUUUUAUGCUCGCACUCAUGAAUGUGGUGUCAUUUUCGUGCCGUUUUUUCAAGCUUGAGA